UACAGGCAAAGACAAUCAAGACUAGGAUGUUUUUUUUUUAUGCUCAGGCAGCGGUCAGGGAGGUGAGGCCCCGGCAUUUACCACUGCACUGGCCUCCUCGCGACUCUUCCAAUCACAACAGUUACAGGCGUUAUAUGCAUUUCAACCGACAUUUUAUCAUAGCAAACUAAAUUGUAAUGUAAAUUGGUUUGCGUAGGAGAGAGAACGAGUGGAAAAAAAGGUUAAAUUGGUAAACUGAGGAGAGGAUGGAAAACUCGAAAUCGCAAAUGCCCAACCUGUCCCAGGAGGCUAGUGGUGGUCUGGGUAGCCCUGUCGGUGUCAGACUAGAAGCUGUGAUGGAGCAGCUCCAGAGACAACAGGAGGCCAAGCUGGAGAUGGACCGGCAGGAGAAACACCUCUGCCAGGCCCAGAUGAUGUUUGCUAAACACGUAGCUGCGACCCGGAUCACUGGAGCCCCCCUGGACUCUGCCUUCCUGGGCAAACGGGUGGAAGGGACCGGGACAGGAAGGACUCCUCAGAUGGGUCAGCAACAAACAGGUGCUGGUGGUAGUAACGCCAACACUCAGAGCCUUGUGGAUAGGGAGAACGGAGAAGAGGGACUGGGAGGUGAAGGGUCGGAGGAAGAAGAAGAAGAAAGGAUGGAGGGUGAAGAAGAGAAUAGUGACGAUGAUGAUGAUGGAAUGGAGCAUGGCCACAUGACGAAGAUGUCUCCCCUCCAACAGGAUCGUCCCUCAUCUUCUUUUUCUCUGUAUUCAACCUCUUUGUCAGCAGCUGCCAAACACAGCGCCGCUUCCCCUCCUAUGAAUCUAAAGCGAGAGUCUGAGGAGAAAGACGUGUCUACCGCAGAACAACGCUUCACGCCAUCCAACGGAUUUGGAGAUUGGAGCUUUGAUGACGGACCAUUCAAACAAAAAGGCAGUGGGGGCUGGGCUGAGGAGAAUGAAGGAGGCAAAACAAGAGGAGAGCCGUCCAGAGACUUUGCCAAGCUGUAUGAACUGGACAGUGACCCAAACCGGAAGGAGUUCCUUGAUGAACUGUUUGUCUUCAUGCAGAAAAGAGGCACCCCGGUCAACCGCAUCCCCAUCAUGGCUAAGCAGAUUCUGGACCUGUACAUGCUCUACAAGCUUGUGACGGAGAAGGGUGGCCUGGUGGAGGUCAUUAACAAGAAGAUCUGGAGAGAGAUCACUAGAGGACUCAACCUGCCCACCUCCAUCACCUCGGCAGCCUUCACCCUCCGCACACAAUAUAUGAAGUACCUGUACCCGUACGAGUGUGAGAAGAAGGGGCUGAGCUCUCCAGGCGAGCUCCAGGCUGCUAUAGACGGUAACCGGAGGGAAGGCCGAAGACACAGCAACAGCCUGUACCGCUUCUCCCCCUCCACCGCACCUGGCCACCCACACCACUCCCUCCUCUCUCCCCCCAAGAUGCCUCACUACUCCUCAGCCGGUCACAACGGCCUGCACACCUCCCCCAGCCCAUCUCUGAAAAGAUCCGCAGAGGAGAUGUCGACCCCCAUGCUGCCAAGCCGUUUACCCAUGGCCCAUGCUCUCUCCCUGGGGCAGCAGCAGCAGCUAGCCCAGGCCACCACCCUGGAGCACCUCAGAGAAAAGCUGGAGAGGGCUGCUGGAGGAGGAGGAGAGGGUCCAGACAGGAAGAUGGCUCGCUUGGCCAUGGAAGAACAGCAGAGACUGAUGCAACAGGCUUUCCAACAGAACCUACUGGCUAUGGCCUCUCACUUCAACCCCAGCAUGAAGCAGCUCAUACUCAACAACAACAACAGACACGAGAGUACCGCUGGACAGGACCUGUCUCUCAGUAUCUCCAGUAACGCCUUAGAGAGUACCGCUGGACAGGACCUGUCUCUCAGUAUCUCCAGUAACGGGGCUGCCAGCAUCAGUGUGUCUGUGGAGGUCAAUGGAACUCUAUACUCUGGAACGCUGUUUGCCCAGAAGACUCCUGGUGCAGCCUCUGUGAUGUCUGAGACCAUGCCUCCUGCUGGACAGAGUGGUUUUGGUGUCCUCUCCUCCUCUCAGAGCCCUUCCUCCACAUCCUCCUCUUCCUCCAAGGGGCCCAACUGACCACAGUGCUCCACCAGUCUCUCUCCAGUAUACUCAUGUUAUCCUGUGUUGAGGACAAAGCGGUGUUCAAUCAAAUGACCUCUUCUCUAGUCAAACUGAACUUGUCUGUGUUACUGACGACAAAUAGGGGUGGAAUUGGGGGGGAAACGUCUCUAGGAAUUGACCAAUGUAAAAUCAUAGGAAUUUAUCUUAAAAACUAAUUAACUUUUUUAUUAAUAAAUUCACUUUUCUAAUUCCACACCUGACAACCAACUGUUGUACAAUCACUUUAUCUUUGUACUGAACACACGUUUGCUUUAAAAACAAGCAAUGCAUUUUGGGAAAAUCUCAUGUUAGAACCAGGUGAAGAGGCAAAUUGAAGAAUUUAUAUUUUGGAAUGUUUUAAUUUUUGAUUUAUCUUUUAUUUUCAUGUAUUACUCAAAAUUGCUGUUUUCUUUGUAUACCUAAUUUCAUUGGUUGUGAGAGCUAUAGUAUUAGUAAAGAACCGUUUCCCUUAGUGCCACAACACAAACUGCUUGUGAACAGACUAAUGUAUUUAAGUCAAGUAAGGAGGACUUACUAUUGGAUUUUAGUUUAUUUUCUAAACCUUUUCGAAGAAAGCAAAAAAGCAUGAUAGCAAAGGUUUGUGGAAAAGCAGUUUUUGUUGUUUUUUUUACAUCAAAAUACUGUAUGGUGAUUGGCUAUACUCUGGAGCCAAUUGGUUGUCUCUACCUCAUUGAUGGUUUUAACAUUAUGUAGCCAUCACUUCUGUUUACAAUAUGUUAUUAUAGCCAUCAGCAGGACAAUAUGGAUGCCAAUAAGGGCCAUCAACCGGUGCAUUCAUUUUAACUCGCCUUGGUGCCGGUUGGGUGGAGUAUGCACAUUUGAGACCAUCCUAAAGACCAAUCUCCCCCCAACCUUUUCACAGGGUGAGGUAAAACUGAUGCACACAGAAGUAAUGUUCUCUUACAAUUAGCUAAAGUUAAACAACUAAAAUCCAAGGAUACUUUUGGUAACAGCUCAGAGGCAAGAUGUUUUGCAAAACAGGAAUCUAUAAACUUCUUACCUCAUUUAAAGGGGAAGUUGACAUGGUUCCUCACCCUUAAUGUCGUCUAUGGCCCUGAAGAAACUGUACUUUCAGGGUGAGGAUCCAUCUAGCAUUAAGUUGUAAAAUACCGAACUUCCCCUUUAAUGCCUUUCCAUUUCGGGAAGUGACUUUCUCAGGAACUCACAGGACCAGGGUAGACUGUCUUUAGAAUACUCCUUAGGAAAACCAUUCAGCAUUCAUACAGUGGGACACUGAAAAAGGUCUACCUCAGCUGCCUGUAUCUUUCAAACCAGUCAUUGGUCAGGUACCUUAUUUAAUAUAAUAAUUAUGUACGUACAAUCAUGGGGCCAUAAUCAUAGCCUGGUAAAACCAUACUGAAUGCUGUGUGAGUGUUUCAGCUCACUGUUAUUUCACUUUGCGAAAACAUUCCGUCUGGUUUAACCAGGCUAACAAUCUUGUAUGCCUCACACUGCAAAUCACACGCACAGAAUGCCUCAGAAUCAUCACCAGCUAGCUGCAUUAUAGACCAAAGACCUGAUGUAUUGAUAGGAAACGAGUAAAAUGUAUUUUUUGGGUGUGUUUGUUCACUCAAUGUAUUCUGAUGUGGACAAGAGGAACUAAAUAAACUCCUUGAGGAAAUAAAAGUCGCUUUUCUCACUA